AUGGCGAGUACACAGACGGCAUGGACUGCGCCGCAUGUCAGAGAGACAUUCUUCAAGUACUUCAAGGAUCGCGGACAUACGUUUGUGCCCUCGUCGCCAACCAUCCCAUACGAUGACCCAACCCUCUUGUUUGCCAAUGCCGGCAUGAACCAGUAUAAACCCAUCUUUCUUGGCACUGCAGACCCCGAAUCAGACUUUGGCAAGCUCAAACGCGCCGUCAAUUCGCAAAAAUGCAUUCGUGCAGGUGGCAAGCACAACGAUCUGGAAGAUGUUGGCCGUGAUUCCUACCAUCACACCUUCUUUGAGAUGCUGGGCAAUUGGUCAUUCGGUGAUUAUUUUAAAACAGAAGCAAUCGGCUUUUCUUGGGAGCUAUUGACCAAAGUCUAUGGACUCCCUGCAGAUCGUCUGUAUGUGACGUACUUUGGCGGUGAUGAAGCAGCAAAACUGGGACCUGAUCUUGAAGCGAAGCAGCUCUGGCUGGAUGCUGGCGUUCCCGAAGACCACAUUCUGCCUGGGAGCAUGAAGGACAACUUCUGGGAGAUGGGUGAGGUGGGUCCGUGUGGACCUUGUUCUGAGAUCCACUUUGAUCGUCUUGGUGGACGUAAUGCAGCGCAUUUGGUCAACAUGGAUGACCCUAUGGUGCUGGAAAUCUGGAACAAUGUCUUUAUGCAGUACAAUCGCGAGGUCGGCGGUGUUUUGCGGCCACUACCAAACAAGCACAUUGAUACAGGCAUGGGCUUUGAGCGACUCGUUUCUAUUCUGCAAGAUAAGACGAGUAACUACGAUACAGACGUCUUUACACCCAUCUUUGAUAAGAUUUCCGAGAUUACAGGCGUUCGACCCUAUUCUGGCAAAUUUGGCAAGGCUGAUGUUGGCGAGGUGGACACAGCCUACCGCGUUGUUGCAGAUCAUGUGCGGACUUUGCUCUUUGCUAUUGCAGAUGGCGGUUCUCCAGACAAGGACGGUCGCGGCUACGUACUUCGCCGCAUUCUGCGUCGUGGUGCACGUUAUGUGCGCAAGAAGUUCAACCAUCCCAUCGGCAGCUUCUUUUCAACACUCGCACCGACAGUCAUCGAUCAGAUGAGUCAUGCAUUCCCUGAGCUGACUGCCAAGUUUGGGGACGCCAAGGAGAUUCUCGAUGAGGAGGAGGAGAGUUUCUCACGGACGUUGGAUCGUGGAGAAAAGUUGUUUGAGCAGUACUUGGCAAGUGCCAAGCAAGCUGGCAGUACGAAACUGCCUGGCGAGCAGGUUUGGCGGCUGUAUGACACCUAUGGCUUUCCUGUCGACUUGACUAUGCUCAUGGCUGAAGAGAAUGGUAUGCUUGUUGAUGGAGAAGAAUUUGCCAAGGCAGAGCAAAAGUCCAAGGAUGCAUCCAAGGAGGCUGCUGCGAAUGCAAAGGGUACCGCAUCGAUGCUCAAAUUGGAUGUUCAUGAUCUCGGCAAGCUUGAACACAUGUCGGAAGUAACAAAGACGGACGACUCGAGCAAGUACCAGCUCGGCAAUAUUUCCGCCAAAAUCAAGGCAAUCUAUGUUGCUGGUGAAUUCGUCAAGACUUGCAAAGCAGAUGGACAGCAGAUUGGUAUCAUCCUCGACAAAACCAACUUUUAUGCAGAACAGGGUGGACAGGAAAAUGACACAGGCAGGCUUGUCAUUGACGGCGAUGAUGGUCGUCAGCCAGCUUCAUUCAAAGUCGAGAAUACGCAAGUGUAUGCUGGUUAUGUGCUUCAUACAGGUAUUCUCACGGAGGGAAGCCUUUCGUUUGAUGAUCAAGUUGUUGCUCAAUACGACGAGACACGUCGCUGGCCCAUCAAAAACAACCACACCGGCACACACAUUCUCAACUUUGCCUUGCGCGAAGUAUUGGGCGAUGGUAUCAAUCAGCGUGGUUCGCUUGUUGUACCAGAAAAGCUCCGGUUUGACUUUUCCCACAAGCAGGGAUUGUCGAUUGAGGAGGUGACGCAGGUCGAACGCAUUUGCGAUGCAAAGCUCAAGGAGAACCUCAAGGUGUUUGCGCGCGAGGUAGCACUCGCCAAGGGCAAGGAAAUUGCCGGUGUGCGCGCAGUCUUUGGUGAAACAUACCCUGAUCCUGUACGCGUUGUGUCUGUGGGUGCAGAUCUAGAUGCUGUCCUGGCAAACCCUGCAGAUGCACAAUGGGCUGGUUACUCGAUUGAAUUCUGCGGUGGUACGCAUGUUGCAACGACACAGGAUAUCAAGCACUUUAUCAUCAUUGAAGAAAGUGGUAUUGCCAAGGGCAUUCGUCGCAUCAUUGCAGUCACGGGCAAGGAAGCAGCUGAGGUGACGCGUGUUGCGGAUGACAUGGAAGUUCGGCUUGCGCAGCUUGGGAAGCAGGCAUUGACACCGCAAAAGGAACAAACACUCAAGGAGGUGGGUGUCGAAUUGUCUGGGCUGUCCAUCUCUGCUGUAAGGAAACACGCUUUGACGCAGCAAUUCAAUGCACUCGCCGCUGAAGUUGCUGGAGUGGCAAAACAAAAGCUUAAGGCGGAGAAUGCAAAGGCUGUUGCGUUUGUCAAGGCGUACUUUGAGGAGAAUCCCUCUGCUCCCUUCAUGGUGGGCAAGGUGCCAGUUUCCGCCAAUCCGAAGGCGCUGAGCGAAGCACUCAACUUUGUCAAGAAGCAGUACAAGAACAAGGGAUUGUAUGUCUUUGCUGAGGAGGCAGGCAAGGUGAUGCAUGCUGUUCUGAUACCAAAGGAGAUGCCUGGUUCCGCCACUGAGGUAGCAACUCAAGUGGCAGCACUAGUCGGUGGACGUGCUGGCGGCAAGGGCGAAACGUGUCAGGGCGUUGGUACAGAAACCGACAAGACGGAUGAGGCGCUUCAACAGGCAACUACAUACUUUGAGAAACUCUGUCUAUAG